AUGACCAGCACCCUUCCACCGGACCCUUGGAAAGCUCUCGGUGUCGACAGAAACGCGGACAAGGCUGAAAUUCGAGCGGCAUACAAGAAGCUUGUGCUCAAGUGUCAUCCGGAUAAGGUGCAGGAUCCGGCUCUUAAGGCUCAAAAACAAGACGAAUUCCAAAGAGUGCAGCAAGCAUAUGAACUGCUCAAUGAUGAUGCUGAAAAGGCAAAAUACGAGCAGAAGCUCAAGCUUGCUGAGCUACUGCAGCAGCGUGCUGCCAAGAUGCAGCAAGAUGUGAAGAAUGCACCUAAUUCAUCUGUUCCUCGUUCAGCUCCAAAGUACAGCACGUGUGACUUCCGCACCCCCGAUCCGUCCAAAUACAAGCCGCAUCCGUCACCAACGAACGGGAAGGUUUAUACUCACUCUUCUGGGGCUCACACUCGCUCAGCUGAGGAGAUGUCUCGCUCUUACUAUGACGAAUCCGAUCGCCAAGCCCGGAGAACAGCGAGCUAUGAAAAGCCAUCGAAACGGGACGAGGAGAAGCGUGAAAAGGAAGAGCGUAAACGGAGAAAAGAAGAAGAAGAGAUCAAAGACCGAGUACGAGAAAAGGAGCGUGAACGAGAGCGAGAGAAGGAAAGGGAACGAGACAAGGAGGAUCGAGAGAAAGAGAGGGAACGCGAAAGGGAAAAGGAGAAAGAGAAGGAUAAGGAUCGUGAGCGUGAGAAAGAGAAGGAGAGGGAGAGGGAAAAGGAAAAGGAGAAGGAGAAGGAGAGGGAACGGGAUCGUGAGAGGGAGAAGGACAAAGAAAAGGAGAGGGACCGGGAGAGGGAGAGGGAGAGGGAGAGGGAAAAGGACCGGGAGAAGGAAAAGACCGCGAAAAGGAACGAGAGCGGGACAAGGAUAGGGAAAGGGAAAGAUCCCGGGAGAGGGAGAAAGACCGCGAAGCCCGAAAAGCAGAGAGGAAGAAGGCCGAUAAGACUCGAGAGAAGGAACGAAAGUCGGAUCCAGACAAGACUCACCGAAUCGGAGAAGAAGCGCUCAUCAACCAAGAAGAAGCAUGACGAGAAGGACCGUGACCGUGAACGGGAACGGGAGCGUGAGCGAGAGCGUGACCGGGACAGAGAACGUCGGGAACGUGACAAAUCAAGCUCACGGCGCCCCAAGUCCGACUAUCCGGCUGAGGACACAAAGUAUGAGAGUACAUUUGAGCAAGCUGCAAGUUAUAUUGCUACUCUAAGUGGCUCUUCGCCAUCCCGGACAUUUUGGUCCUCGCAACAGACUUCUUCCACUGCUCCGCAUCCCAACUCGGCCAAUCCAGUCCCCGCUUGCCCUACACCUCCCCCACCUGGCGCUGACUUUGAGGAAGAGAGCAUCCAACAAGCAGCUGCCCGCGCCGCGGCAGGUCGUCGUCCCUCUCACGAGUCAAGGUCUCGAGACAAAAUUCGGUACGAUACGAUGGACUCACGUGGCAUUCCGAUUCUCACCAAAUCCCAUACGGUUCACACUCCAAUUGUUGAAUCUCCUCCGCGCGUGAGCCGUUCUGGCGCCACUUCUCAGGACUAUAUGUCAUCCUCCUAUACGAAGUCUUCGAUCCCACCGCUCGGCCGGACGCAAACUUGGGCCCCAGGAAGUGCUGGAGCGGCAUCUGCUGAUUACGACUAUGGUGUUUUCGACGGGCCCGACUACGACUCGGAAGAAGACCGUGACCGUGAGCACAAUCGGCGCCGCAGACGUGGCAGCAGCAACCGCUACGCACACCCGCAAUAUGCUUAUGGCGGUUCUCCUGCUUCAACUCGCAGCAGUCGGUACGACGUAAUAGAUGGUGCUUCCCACAGCACAUCAGGGACAUAUAUGGGUGCAACGUUCAAAGUCAGAGAGUCACGAAAAAUACGCCCAGAGGAUAUCUCGUAUGCGCAACAUGACCCUCCAUCGUACUAUUGGCCGCCUACUGAGGGAUACCAUGAUGGCCCUUAUGUCGAGGUCUGA